CACACACACACAUCAGGGACCCUUCAUCUGCUCACUAUGGCAUCCCUGGAGGAAGAGCUAACCUGCUCAGUGUGCCGAGACAUCUUCAGCAAAGCCCACCCCCUGCCCUGUGGUCAUAGCUUCUGCCCCCCCUGCAUCCGCGAGGCCUGGAGCGACCAGUGUGAGGGCAAAAGUCGCUUUACUUGCCCCCAGUGUCAGGAGGAGCAUGGUGAAGUGCUGUGUGAUAGCUGUCCUCCUGAGAUAGAGGAAGGACAGCCACCGUUGGCUGUCAAAACCUGCUUGAGGUGUGAAGUGUCGUUGUGUGCCGAACACCUCCAACCUCAUCUGGAGAGACCGGCGUUUAGCACCCACCUGCUGGUGGAUCCGCUGGGGGACCUCUCCCAGCGGAGGUGCCCGACACACUCAGAGAUCCUGCGCUACUACUGUGCUGAUGAGAGGGUGUACGUGUGUGGUGACUGUCUGCUGGAGGGCGACCACGCUCAGCACAAAGUGAAGGCACUGAGACAGGUGGAAGAGGAUCUGAAGGUCAUUCUCCAGACCCUGCUCAGAAAAGCAGAGGAGAAGUUGAAAGAUGGAGAGCGAAUCCUCAAAGAGCAUGAGAAUAUUGAUUCCACCAUGGCUGAUUCUCUGAAGCAGGAUGACACCCAGGUGGAGCGACUGGGCUCAGACCUGCAGUUCCAGGUGAAGAAGCUGGUGUCCGCUCUGAGGGAGAUUACCAAAAGGGAGAGACAGCAGGUCAUAGAGCAUGUGCACGAAGACUGCUCCAAGGUGAGAGAGGACAUGAGUCAGACGCUGAGCAUCCAGCACUACCUGGCCUCGCUGCUGGCAGAGACAGACCCCUUCUUGCUCAUCUGGGCAUUUCAAUCAGAUGACACAAAGUUACUGGCAGACCUGAACAGCCCACUUUUCAUCCCUGAAACCGUCAGUGUGGACAGGAAACACAUCUUGGACGACAUAGAGAGCAAGUAUCGGGAGUUCAUCACCGCCACCCUCCGCUGCCUCAGUGAACUAAAGAGGGAGCUCUUAACCAGUCCCUUGACUCUGGACACUAACACAGCCCAUCCUCUGUUGAGCAUCUCUGAUGAUCUUCGCUCUGUGACGCGGGUUAAAAACCGCCUGCCCUGCGCUGCUCACCCUGAGCGUUUCGACCACUGGCCGCAGGUCCUCACUGUCCAGACCUUCUCCUCUGGCACUCACUACUGGGAGCUGGAGGCUGUGGGAUUUUGGGAUAUCGGGGUCUGCUAUCGGAGUAUUGGACGAAAGGGGAAAGAGGGCAAGGCCUUUGGGAACAACAAGGUAUCAUGGAGCUUGACACAGCAGCAUGACAGGAAGCUGGCUGCCUGGCACAACCGCAGGAAGACCCGCCUCGCGUAUCAAAUGACUGGUAACCGAGUUGCCGUCGCCGUGGACUACGGCGCAGGCACCAUCACCUUCUCCGAGGUGGGACCAUCCUCCAACCUGACCCACCUCCACACUUUCUCCACCACGUUCACUCAGCCGGUGUGCUUGGGCUUCGGACUGUACAAAGCUGAGCUCAACAGCCGCAUCUCUUUCAUCAAGGUCUGAGGUGGAGAUAAGGGAAAGGAGGAGAAAAUAAUGCUGACAGGCUCUGAGCUGGUUUAACUUAGACAAAGCCAUGCCAAGACAAAGUGGUGUUGAUUUAUAACACUCUGAUGGAACUUUUUUCAUGAGCCUCUCUGAUGUUUCUCUCCCCUCUGAUCUCUGAGCUCUUCCUCAAGAAAGAGACAAAACCACGUCUCCCAAAACUGUGAUCAGGUGAUAUUGACGUGGAAAUUAUUUCCAGCAGAGAAAAGUGAGAAUGGAGCUUUGGAUGAGUGAAUUUGAGUGGAUACUGGCAGGACAGCAAAUGAAGAUUCUCCUUUGAAAAAGGACAGAAAUAAGCUUGUUGUGCUUUUUCAUUCCAAAAAUCAUUCCAAAUGCAGAUGACUGGUGAUUUAAAGAUAUUACAGUUUUGUAAAAGAAGGUUGUAAAUGUAACUUUUGAUGCCAGAAAUGAUUUUGUCAGACGUUUUUGAAACUGGACACUAACUCAUCCCAUCCUCUCCUAAGCGUCUCUACCUCAGUGUGACUGAAAUUUUGUGAAUACCA